UGUGACUGUUGUCCUGUCUGUCUGGUUCGGGACCUUCUUCAGCUCGCUCUCUGCGUUCGUUGCGCUCAUCGUCGAGUGUCCUGAGUGGGCUGGGUCGGGGCUGGGCCGGGCUGAGCUCGGCUCUGAGCGGAGCUGAGCUGAACUGAAGUGAACUGAAGUGAACUGAACUGCUCCUGUGCUGUUGCUGUGCUGGGCUGGGAUCAUAUACGUUUUGGCUCUUGUGCAUCGCCCCUCCAUCCCCGCCCCGUCAAAGCUUGUCUUAAAAUCCGAUGCUGCUGCACAGCACAUUACAGCCCAGCGGGAGAUGAAGAUGCGUCCAAAGCCUCCCAUUGGCCCGAACUGAAAUUUCCUCUUUUUCUUGUCUGUUUACGUGCCUUGAGCAGCAGCCGCAGCUCUCGUCCCAGCUGCCGUUGGGCUUACUGGUCGGUCCCCCUCGCUCCUCUCGCUCCCCUUCGCUUCGAUUCCUGUCCGUAGCACCGCUCGCCUCUUUCCUCUUGUGGGUGGAGUGAGUGGGGGCGCCAGGCGAGCACGAGACGGGAUCAGACCAGAGUGGGUGCGGUGUUCCUGUCAGAAGGUUUCUUGCUUUCCACUGCUCUGUUCUUCUCUGCUCCUCCCUCUGCUCUGCUCCGUUCCGUCAUCCUCUUCAUCUUCUUCCUCUUCCUCUCCUUCUCCUGCCGCUGCUGCUUCUUGAAAAUCCGUCCGGAGUAAGCUCGCGAGUUCGGCUGCGCGCAGUUUUUUUAUGUGGACGGUGGGGGAAGUUUUUCCAGCUCGAACGGAGAUCCUCGCGGGGCUUCUUGAGCUUCAUUUCGAUCACUGUUUGCUGGAUCAGAGUUUUUGUAAUUCUCAAUCGGAAUAUCUGGUUGUCAUCCGAAUCAACAUGAAUGAAGCUGCGGACAAGCGACGCUUGAGACGAGGACGAUGGAAGCCUUGAUACGAGCUCCAAGCUUGAGGAGAUUGUACCAAUAGCCAAAGAUUUGAUCACCAACGCAGCUGAAUCAUGGCCAGUUUUCUUUGAGGAAGAGUUGGCUGGUGCACGCCGGAGCAUACUGUCAAGAGUAGAGUUUCUUGAGAAUAGUCAGUAGGCAUCCAGAAGUGAUACAUUAUCAGAGAGCAUUACAACAGGGUCGAAGAAAGGUGGAUCGGGGCAACAGAUUUGCAUGAUUCUUUGUGAUACUAUUGUUUUAUGGACAUGGGUAAACAACUUCAUUAAAGAGAGCAUCAUGCAGCUCUUCCACCAUCCUUUGUCUUUCAACAGUCAAAAGGUGCGUAUCGCCCUCGAGGAAAAACAGGUGGACUACUGGCCAACCAGGGUGAACCCAAUCAAAGCACGGAAUUUGGAUCCAGAUUUUUUUCGACAAAAUCCUGAUGGCACGAUUCCGGUGCUCAUUAAUGGCCAAACAGUCAUGAACGAUACUCUCGCCAUUUUGCAAUAUAUUGACAGUAUAAAUCAGCCUCUGGGAGGAGAGAGAGUGAAACGUGACUUGGUACACAGUUGGUUGCUUAAAAUAGACGCAUGGGAUUCCAAGCCUUUCACUCUGUCGCAUUAUCCUGAAAAGGUACUGCAAUUUUUCAGUAGAUUCCGAAGGCGAGUUGUGAUUGCGAGAAUGGCCAAAUUUCCAGAUCUGGCAGAAAAGUAUCACGCCAAGCUCAACAAUAUGCAUGAAUUGGAGGCUAGGCGCUUGGAUUCAGAGGCAGUGACCGCAAAUAAGCAGCAGCUUAUUGAUAUCUUAGAUGCUGCAGACGUCGAGCUGACCAACUCCAAGUACCUGUGCGGGCAGGACUUUUCCAUGGCUGAUGUCGCUUUCAUACCUGUCCUAGCUCGAAUAGAACAGCUACCACAGGGUGCAUCGUUGAUCGAGGAUCGCAAGCGUGUCUCAGAGUAUUGGUUAAGGAUGAAGGAGCGGCCUAGCUACAAGGCGGCAAUCGGUAAAUAUGCAACGAAGCUUGGUAGAGUGAAGCUGAUCGUUCCAGCAAUUUGUAAUGUUAGUGCGAGGAGACUUUUUGGGCGGUAUUGAGCAAUGCUUCUAACUUCUGGAGAAGGACAGAUUCUCCUCUGCCCUUGUUCAAUGCCGGCUUGUCCUCGUUACACGUGCUUUUUAUUAUGUUUGUGAUCCUUGUAUAUGGGGAUCUUUGAGAAGCUAUGAAACAAACAGAAACAUAGAAUAGCUGUCAAUUCACCCUUACCAUCGGUGGGAGGAUUGUUUUUAAACCUAGACGUUUAGAUAUGUUAUUCAGGCAGAUUUCCUAUCAGCUUUGUACACCAGGGAGAGGCUAGCUAUGUCCGGGACACAGAAGAUACAGCUUUCAAGCGCGGCUGAUUUUGGAUCUUUGCUCGUGGGCACUUCCUUGUACUGUCAUUAAAAUUUUCCAUUGCUGGUUUUGCUCUUGUACGGAUGGGAGCUCCCUUCAGAUGACCGAGUUUUGGACAGUAGGACGGUUUAAUUCCUGUGUUCAGAUCGCUCUGUCUUGGGGCGGCCCUCUCACUUCUGUACGGGGAUGGCUGACCUCGGUUGCUUCAGUGGAAAAGUCCACUCUCGAUCACAGGAUUUAACCAGCAGAUCAGGACUGGCUUGUUCAAAACCCUGUUGGUGGGAUUGCUAUAUAAAUCAAUCGCGUGAGUCUUCAUGAGCGAUUUCUGAGGUCCCGAGUAUGGAGUUCAAUGCGGAUUUAAUGCGCGAAGAUCAUCUGUUUCACACGUGGAUAUGGAUGAUUCGUAGCCUUUCGCGUUCUAUCAUUGUCAAGAACGAAGUGCUCGGCUGGGUCACCUUGUCGGCAGGUAGCCAUCGAUAGUGACAGGCCCGAAUGCAUGAAGUGAUAGUAGCUCACAGUUGUGGCAUAUCCAGUUUCAUCAGGUGGGACCUGAGUGUGGGCCAGUUGACUGUCAGAGAUGGCCGACACUCAGGUACCUAAUAUGUUGCACACUCGGAUAUUCAAUAGCACAAAUCUAGAGAUUUUGCUAGAACUGAGGCUUUUGUUGUCGAGGGGGAGAGAAAGCAUCUGCAGACGAGACGAGGGAGGAUUGGGCGAUUGGACUGGUGGGUGAUGAUCUCGUGAGUUUUGCGUUAUUGAAAAGGUGUAUAUUUCGAAAGCGUUCCCUUUCUUUGAUCAUAAAGGUCUCCACAUUCCCAAACCAAUCGUGCCCCAUCCCUACAGGCAACAGGCCAGGACGGCAAGGAUGCAGUGUUGCGAGAAGUGUCCACCCCUGUCGAUCCAUUCGUCACAGUUACAGUUGAAGGGAAAGGUGAUUGGAGACGAAAGCAGUCAGUGAGUCAAUCAGCUGGUGGCGGUGCCAGACGAGGCUGUGGACGAUGCCUCGUGGAAAGGGCAUCUUGCAAUUAGUAGAGACUG